CUUCCUCUCACUGUACAGUACUAGCUGUGUCUGAUUUCUAAGAUAGAAAACCGCACAUUACGCAGAAGAGUGCAUCAAUAGACUGUGAAGGCAACACCUUCUGCCUAAUAUAAGCUAGCUUUUCAGCCAUCGUCAGCAAUAUUAGCAAGAAGCUGUACAUGCAAUAUGGCUAAUUCUCUAAUGACUGUUUGGUUGCUUUGUCUUAUAGCGUUCGGGUAUUGUCUGCCAGUACGAGAAGAUGACGCCCAAAGUCGUAAUGAUGCCCACCACCUUGAACGUAAUGAACGUUCUGCUGGAAGUAUCUUCAUUUCCUCAUGUCCAACAACUCCAAAAGAAAUUCCACGCAAUUGUCAACAUGCCUUACAGCUUGGUAACUCUAACAGCGGUGUGUAUGAGAUUGAUCCACGUGACGGUCUCGGUCCAUUCAACGUCUAUUGUGAUAUGGAAACAAGCGGUGGAGGAUGGACUGUAUUCCAAAGAAGAAAGGAUGGCUCAGAAGAUUUCUAUCGCACUUGGACAGAAUAUCAACAAGGUUUUGGAGAGCUGUAUGGUGAAUUCUGGCUUGGUCUUGAAGCAAUCCACAGACUGACGGUCGGUGUCACUCUGAGAAUUGAUCUGAUGGCACCAGAUAACAGCAAAGCGUACGCUGAAUAUGAAGACUUUACUAUUGGAAAUGCGAAGGCUAAGUAUGUUAUGUACAUUGGACGAUACAGUGGAACCGCAGGUGACAGGCUGAGUGCUCACAAAGGAAUGAAAUUCACUACCAAAGAUCAAGAUAAUGACACUCAUGGGCAAAAUUGUGCCACACUAUUCACAGGAGCUUGGUGGUAUGCAGGUUGCCAUCAAAGCAACUUAAAUGGCGACUACCGCUAUGGCAGCUCUGGAGACAAGCUAGUGGUCUGGCCAUCGUUCAAGGGCAAAACAUCUUUGCAGAAAGUAGAAAUGAAACUGAAGUGAUUCAAAAACAAUUAAUAGGACAGCUCAUAAACAUUUUGCUAGCAUGUCUAUAGAGUUGUCAAAUACAAUACAAUGCAGUA